AUGGAUGGAACAAACGGAUUGGAAGACUCAAGAAGCAGAAUGGACGACACCAGGCAGCCCCGGGCUAGAAUGGGCAGUCCAGCGUGCCGAGCGUCAGUGGGGAACACCUGGAGCAGCCAAGUGCACCCUGACAUAGAGAGCGAGAGGCACCUGAAGUCCUUCAACGUGGAAGAGCUCACCAACAUCCUCGAUGGAGGUGCCCAGAACACUGCACUCCGGAGGAAAGUCGAAAGCAUCAUCUACAGUGUCCCAGAGCUUAGCCUGAAGGAUAAUUAUUUCAUGACCCAGAACGAGCGUUACGAAGCCGCUGUUAAGAAGAAAUUCCACAUCCAGAAGUUAGCACAGCGCCUGGGCUGGUCCGAAGGCGGUCAAGAAUUACAUUACGCUGGCAGAAGCGUUUCUGGAGAUCUGGCUUUAGGGACACAAUUUGUCUUCCAGAAAGCCCUCAAGAGCCUGGGCUCAGAGGAGCAGAUCGCCAAGUGGGGCCCACUCUGCAACAAGUUACAGAUCAUUGUGACAUACGCGCAGACAGAACUGGGGCACGGGACACAUCUUCAGGGCCUGGAAACUGAAGCUACCUACGAUGCUGCCACCCAGGAGUUUGUGGUGCACAGCCCCACGAUAACUGCCACCAAGUGGUGGCCUGGGGACCUGGGACACUCAGCCACCCACGCCCUGGUCCAGGCCCAGCUGAUCUGCUCAGGGACGCGCCAGGGCAUGCAUGCCUUUAUUGUGCCCAUCCGGAGCCUCGAGGACCACAGCCCACUGCCAGGAAUCACUGUUGGAGACAUUGGGCCCAAGAUGGACUUUGACCACUCAGAUAAUGGCUUCCUGCAACUGGACCAUGUGCGGAUCCCCAGGGAGAACAUGCUGAAUCGCUUUGCCCAGGUCUUGCCAGAUGGCACCUACACCAAGCUUGGAGCAGCAAAGAGCAACUACCUCGGCAUGGUGGUGGUGCGGGUGGACAUACUGCGAGACGAGGCCACACCGCUGCUGCAGAAGGCCUGCGUCAUUGCCAUCCGCUACUCGGUCAUACGCCGCCAAUCCCAGCUCCGGCCCAGUGACCCAGAGGCAAAAGUCCUGGACUACCAGACACAGCAGCAGAAACUCCUUCCUCCACUGGCCAUGGCCUAUGCAUUCCACUUCGUGGCAGAAAGCCUCUCAGAAUUUUUACGUCGCUCCUACAGUUCCAUUUUGGACAGAGACUUCAGGCUCCUGCCUGAGCUUCACGCACUGAGCGCAGGUAUGAAGGCCAUGGUGUCGGACCUCUGCACCCAGGGGACGGAGCUGUGCCGCAGGGCCUGCGGUGGACACGGCUACUCGAAGCUGAGCGGCCUGCCCUCCCUGGUCAACAGAGUGACAGCCUCCUGCACCUAUGAGGGUGAGAACACGGUACUCUACCUGCAGACGGCCAGGUUUCUGGUGAAGAGCUACCUGCAGGCUCAGGAGUCCCCAGGCUCCACAUCGCAGAGGCCUCUCCCUCAGUCUGUUGCAUACCUGACUGCACCUGCCCUGGCCAGGUGCCCAGCCCAAAGCGCAGCUGACUUCCUCCAGCCACAGCUCUACACCACUGCCUGGGCACAUGUGGCAGUGAGGCUCAUAAAGGACUCAGUGCAUCAUUUACACACUCUGAUGCAAUCCGGGGCUGACAGGCAUGAGGCAUGGAACCAGACCACUGUCAUACAUCUCCAGGCUGCCAAGGCGCACCUCUACUAUGUCACUGUGAAGAUUUUUACAGAAGCUCUGGAGAAACUGGAAAAUCAACCAGCGAUUCAGCAGGUGCUCCAACGCCUCUGUGACCUCUAUGCUUUACACAGCAUCAUGACUAACAUGGGCGACUUUCUCCAUGAUGGCUUCCUGUCCGGUGCCCAAAUAGACAUGGCAAGAAAAGCCUACCUGGACCUGCUCCUCCUCAUCCGAAAGGAUGCUGUCUUGUUAACUGAUGCUUUUGACUUCAGCGAUCAGUGUUUAAAUUCAGCACUUGGCUGUUAUGAUGGAAAUGUCUAUGAACGUCUGUUCCAGUGGGCUCUGAAGUCACCAACCAAUACUCAGGGGAACCCUGCCUAUGAGAAAUAUUUAAGACCACUAUUACAAAGCUGGAGAUCCAAGUUAUGAAAUAAUCAACAGCAUUCAAGAGGUGCCACCAACAUGCUGAUGCUACCAUGGCAUACGCAUCAUUAAAACCUACAGCUACAUAUGUGUUUUUUUAAAAGAAUCAUUAUCUUUCAGAGACACAGUCUGAAGUAGAUGAAAUAUCUGCGAUUUAUUUCAAAAUAAUCCAUGUGAAGAAAGAGGGAGAGUGAAUCACUGUUGAAGUUGUUCAAUGGGUACGUGGGUGUUUAUUCUUUCUACUUUCAAGUAUGUUUGAAAUUUCCCACAAUAAAAAAACAGUA